AUGGCUUAUGAAAAAUUACAAGAAUGGAAAAUAAUUCUUGACAAAAAUGCAAAUGAAUUAGAUGAUAUUCAACUCAAAAUAAGAAAUGAAUUUUUGAAGGCUGAUGAGAUUAUUCCUACAUUAUCAACAACUUCGCAGCAACACCAAGACGCCAUAUAUACAUCUUACUUAAUUAAUAUAAUAGAUUCGGAACAAAUUCAAUUUGUUUUAAAUGGCCUAUUAACUUAG